AUGAUCUCUAGCCGCCUAUUCGCGACCGCGGUUCUCACUACCGCGAGUCUCGCAGCUUCACUGGCACCAAGAGCCGUGACGCCUUGGUCCAACUUCAACAACAAUGCUAUUUUUAAGCCCAAGAAGGAAGCUACUAGCUGGCGAACCCUCUAUGGCCGAACUCUGCAGCUACCCGACAAGUCACUUCUUCUGUCGUGGGAGGACUACGACCCCGAUGUGGAAUUGACCUACUUCCCCAUCUACAAGUCUACAGAUGGCGGUGCGUCAUAUGAGCCCUUUGCUAGAGUUGAGGACCAGGUCAACGGCUGGGGUAACUGGUACCAGCCUUUUCUCUACGAGUUGCCCAAGGAUUUUGGAGAAUACCGCAAAGGCACGAUUCUCCUCGCCGGCGUUUCCACACCUCGCAAUUUGACCGAAGCCUACAUCGACCUCUAUGCCAGUGAGAAUCAAGGCAAAGACUGGGAGUUUGUCAGCCACAUUGUUUACGGCCCUGGACCCGAGACUAUCACCAAGGGUGAUCAAGCCGUUUGGGAGCCGUUUCUCAUGAUGCAUCAAGACCAGCUUGUUUGUUAUUAUUCCACCCAAGUCGACCCCAAGUUCAACCAGAAGCUCUCGCACAAGACAACCAAGGAUCUACGCCAGUGGAGCGAUGCUGUUGACGAUGUCGCCUACCCUGAUACUGAUCAACGUCCUGGCAUGGCAACUGUCGCCUACAGCCCUGUCUCCGAGAAAUAUGUCAUGACGUUUGAGUACUGCGGUGGACCUCUUACUGGUGGUUGCCCUGUUUACUACAAGGUAUCCACAGACCCUCUCGCCUUUGGGUCUGCUACUGCACAGCCUAUCGUUCCUAAUGACGGAAUCCUGAAUCCCAACGGCAGUCCAUUUGUCAUCUGGACUCCUGAACCCGGAAAUGAGGGGAAGGGAAUCUUCAUUGCUAAUGGAAACAGCCGGGAGGAAAUCUUUGUCAACACAGAUACUGUGGACCCCAAGGGUUGGAAGCCUGUUAAUGUCGGGCAGUGGUCAGCUUAUUCACGCGAGCUUCGCAUUAUUCAGACUCCGGAUACGAGUGCCGCUGGGGGCGAGCCCAAGCUCCUUAUUACAAAUGGUGGAAAUAUAGGCUGCUCAGGAGACUGUUAUAACUACGUUGCGGACGGACUCGUGGAUAUUCCUCACUACCCCCUAUAA